AUGGAUACUCCCGAUCUCUCAACUACUCUGCAAUUCUGGCUUCUACUUAUAUUCGCUGGCCUAUCAUUGAUUUGUUCAACUUUUACCAUUUACUGUUUCUUAUCCAAUCGGAAAAUGCGUCAUGGUUUACACAAUCACAGUAUUCUCUUUUUAAUCAUGACCAACGUUAUUUUAAUCUUUACCGAUGUUCUCUGGAUGUUGAUCAGUCUCUAUCAAGUCGGACCUCCCCCGAUACCAACCACGAGUUUCUGCUUGACGUGGUGGGUGAUUGAUGAUAGUUUGUACAAUAUCCAAGCUUUCAUUCUUGCAUGGGCAUCGAUUGAACGUCAUUUAUUAAUCUUUCACAGCAGAUACAUCACGACACAAAAACAAAAAUUUCUCUUGCAUUAUUUACCACCAUUGAUUAUCAUAAUUUACCUAUUUAGUUUCCAUACAAACGUUUUAGUCUUCCCGCCGUGUGAAAACUUAUUUGAUUUCACCGAUCUUCAAUGUGGCUCAUCGCCUUGUUAUGUCGCGAUGAAUUUCAUCACGAUAUGGGAUACGAUUGUUAACAAUGUCUUUCCGACAUUGAUUAUUGUUACAUUUAACGUCGCCUUACUCUAUCGAAUAAUUCGUCAGAAGAAACGACUGAGACAACCGAUUCAAUGGCGAAAACAUCGGCGAAUGUCAAUGCAAUUGAUAUCUGUCUCCGCUGUUUAUGUCUUUCUUCAUUUACCAAUGAUUAUCAUUACAUUCGUACAGAUGGUUCAAGGCAAAGAUCCAGCAGUCGAUUUUGGCAUUCAAAUAUAUUUAUUUACCGCAACUUAUUGUGUGACAUUAUCAUUACCCGUUGUUGCUUGUGUCAAUUUUGUGUCAUUAGACAAACACCGCCACAUACGAAUAUCGCCGACCGCUACGGUUGUGCCUGUAAAGAAAUCGGCAGAGAAAAGAGCUGAACGUUAG